ACCAGCAGUCGGCGAGGAACACACAGAACAAUGGACGUGUCAACUUUACAGCCCAACUUUUACCCCUCUAUAGAACAGAUCACUGACUUUCAAAAUGCUUUUUUCCAGUCUCCAAUGGGACACAUGAGUAUGGAGUGUGUUCCUCAGUUUCGUCAGCCAGUUAUGAACUGUAAAGCUCUGACAGACAUUUCUAAUAGAAUAUACCCUUCCACCUCGACUCAGCAACGCCCUCCCGCCUUCUACUUCACACAGGAAGACCUAGACUUCGUGUUGUUUGGUUACUACCCAAUCAAUACAUGUAACGGGACUCCCGCACACGCCCUCAGUGGACUGAAAGUGGGUGAAAUAAGUCACGGCAUUGAACGAAUCCUUUCCCAAAACAACGGCAUGGCUUCCCCUUUUCCAGUGAGCACGUGGAAAUUGUCGCGCACAGACCCUCCACCACAUGAUCUCCCAGAAGAGCUGUGUAUUUGCCCAACGACUUUUGCCGGUAUCAUCCACUACGGUGUAUUUUCUCGCCGUGACGUUCUCGUUAAAGGUACGAGAUUCGGACCUUUCAAAGGCAAGGUCGUUAAUACCAGCGAGAUCAAAUCUUUUGAUGACAACAGCUACAUGUGGGAGAUCUUUAAAGGAGGAAAACUGAGUCAUUUCAUUGACGGCCGAGGAGCUACGGGUAACUGGAUGUCGUACGUCAACUGUGCCCGCCACACGGCAGAGCAGAAUGUGAUCGUAGUGCAAGAAAACGACUGUAUAUAUUAUGAAGUAUAUAAAGACAUUCCGAUGGGUUCCGAAAUGCUGGUUUGGUACAGUGAUGUAUACGUACAGUUUAUGGGGAUACCAGUUACAAUGAAAGAGUCCAUAGAGGUCCAGAAUGCAGCGAAAGGAGAAAAGGAUGCUGCGGAAGGAUAUCAGUGUGAACGUUGUGGGAAGGUGUUUGCUUACAAAUACUACAGAGACAAACAUUUGAAGUAUACGAAAUGUGUGGACCAAGGGAACCGCAAAUACCCAUGCCAUCUGUGUACAAGGUCCUUUGAGAAGAGAGACCGUUUACGGAUCCAUAUCUUACACGUCCACGAAAAACAUCGGCCACACAAAUGUAGUGUAUGUGGUAAAAGUUUCAGUCAAAGCUCCAGUCUUAACAAACAUAUGAGGGUCCACAGUGGAGAGCGUCCUUAUAAAUGUGUGUAUUGUAGUAAGUCCUUUACAGCCAGUAGUAUACUGAGGACACACAUACGACAACAUUCAGGAGAGCGACCAUUCAAGUGUAAAUUUUGUGGAAAGGCAUUUGCAUCUCAUGCAGCACACGACAGUCAUGUGAGACGUACGCACGUGAAAGAGAAAGCAAACUCGUGCAAGCUAUGUAAUUUAGAAUUCAGUAGUCCCUAUGAACUGAAAAUACAUACCAAAUCGAAACACGACAAUAUAUUGCCUAGUCUUUGGGGAGUACAGGAUUCACAUCCUCCAGUCUCGGGAUCAAGUCUUCACCAUCUACAAGCUUGACAACACUCACGAUACUGAUACGCAAGUUGACUUUUGGAAUCAAGCUUCCGACAAAAGCCUCGACAACACUUAGACUAUUGUUGGAAUGAUCUAUUCUUCAUUUCUUUGGCACGUUUCUAUUUCUUAAAACAUUAGUGCUGAACUGAAAUUGUCAAACAAUUCAAUAAUACGAUGGACCUUCAUCGUCACUUCAUCUGUAAACGAUAUAUGUGUGAUAUCUAGAGUUGUAACGUGAUAUUUUAUUAUGAUACAUUUAUAUAUAUAGCGUUACGAGAUUUCAUCACGAUAUAUUUAAUAUUGAUAUAUACAACAAUGGAAUAUCAUUCUCAAAUAAUGAUAAAACAUCACAAACUAGCUACCAUACGUUAAACCGCAAUAGGUCUGUAAUGCUACAUGAUCAAGUCAUGAUAUGUACAUCGCACCAAAUGAUUCCAUCAAAAAUAUAUUCAUCACAUGACAUCAAUAUCACCAAAUGCCCAUGAUCUCGUGCGAAACUUUCAUGAUAUUGUCACCAAAACAAAUAUUAUAACAAUGUAUCACGAACCAGAUUAACGAUAUGUUGAUCAAACGGCUUGAUGAUAUAUACCAUUACUUUCUGAUAUGAAAGCUACCAUAUCAAUGCUAAACAAAAACAUCCGAAUAAAAACAAUACCUAUUACUUGUUCGUUCAUUAGCACACCUGCUAGUGCAUUAUCACACCCUUGUUCCGAAAUGCAUUCUUUUCAACUUUAAUUAACUAAAUGAAACACUGUUUACAAAUAUUAAGAAAAGUAACAACUCCAAAAAGCCCCUGUUUCAAAUAACAUUGUCCUGUGCUGUUACAAUAUAUAGCACAAUGUCUGUCAUAGGAUUGAUAAGUUAGUGGUGUAAUACUACUGACCAUACAAAUGUUAGGUUUCCUUAAAAAAGACUUUUUUUCAAGGUAGUUUGUUUCGUGUUAUACAUUUGUACUGCCAUGUUUCUAAACGUGAACUCUUAUAUCCCUUUGAAAAUCCCUUGACAAUACGGCUAUAACUAGCUAAAGCAGAAGCAUUGAUCUCUACGACAAUUACUUUGUCCCUAAUUUUAUUGAUAAACUUGUAUAAUUUCUAUCUACAUCAAACACAUUUCACGAUUGUGAUUUUUGUUAAUUUAGUACGAUAAGAUCUUAGUAAGGAAUUUUGUGUAGAAUACUUACAGACUAUUGAAUAACACGUAGAGUACCGUGCAAUUUUUACUUAAUAACAUAUGAUCCCUGUACUUUAAAUUUGUACUUAUCAAUAUUAAGUAUUCAUUCAUCACUGGUAAUAGCUACACCAUUGGUUUAUUUUGGUUUUAUAUUAAGACACUGUGCAUAAACUGUAUAUUUGUUGUAAUAUAUACUUAUAAGUACGGCUGUGUUAUGAUAACAUUUUGUUGAUAAUGUUUGUGUUGAUGUACAAAAUCUGUAUAUUUAAUAAAAACAAAGUAUAUACCGUA